CCAAACCGACCCUUUCCUCUCUCUCUCUCUCUGUGAAACUGUGUCUGAAAGCGAAAAUUGAAGCUUCGGUUUCUUGUCCUUCUCGUGCCUUUUGCUCUUAUCUUUAUUUCGCUGUAUCUUCGGUCAGCUUUAGGAAGUUUCUCCUUCCGGUUUCUGUGUGUUGAAUUGUUGGGGUGUUUUCCUGCGGUAUAAUUUCCACCUGAUUUGAAAUAUUUUUUGGAAUUAAAAUCUUUGGAUCUUGAGGUUUUUGAAGUAGUUGAGUGGAUCUAGUUCAAAUGUUGAAAGCUUGUGGAGAUGUAUUUUUUAAGGUGAAUUUUAAUGACGGGAUUUAUUAAGAAUAAAGCUUGAAUGAGUGCUGUUUUCUGCUUUCUUACAAGACAGUUUUUGAAGAAAAAAAUUAGUCCUUUUUAAUCUAGUUAGCAUUUUGGGUUUGUUUUGGAUAUUAUGCUCAUUAGGUGGUACUGGAAAUUCAAGCAAGAAAGCAGGGUUCUUGGCCUUUGCACUCGUUUUCCUGAUUCUUGUAAAAUACAGAAAUCAAAUGAUUUUGACCAGAAGUGCAUGCCCUUUGUGACUUGGAAUUUAGAGCAUUUGAUUUAACUUGUCAUCUUGCUAACUUUCUACCAGAGGGAGUUAUGUUAAGUUAUCCUUUUGAAGUUGCUUCUUUGAAACCCAGUUGAUAUUUUCAGCGUAAUUCCGCUUUUCUGCUAGUUUUCUCUUCCUGGACUGUGAAUAUAGGUAUAUUUUCUAUUUUCCAAUAAAUUGUAUUGUUUAUGCUACUUCUUCUCGUGUCUAAAUUGUACUUUUUAGGCAUAUGUGUUUGGUUGAACAGCUGGUAGGAAAAGUUUCAUUUGUAACGUAAUAGUCAUAGACAUUGAUUUAUCCAUAGGAAGUUCCAAAUAGAGCAACUGCAGGAGUAUUUUGCACUGUGUAUCAAUGGUUAAUUCAACUGAACCAUCGUCAUCUUUGAGCUUUAGUUCAUCUUCCCAUUUAUCAAAUGGCACGUUUGGCCCCACUAAAUCAUCCUCUAGCCUUGAACCGGAUCCUAACCUUGAAAUCAUCAGCUUAAGCAAGCUUAGCUCUAAUUUGGAGCAGCUCUUGAUUGAUCCCAGUUGUGAUUAUAGCGAUGCGGAUAUCGUUGUUGAGGGAAUUCCAGUUGGUGUUAACCGAUGUAUGUUGGCUGUUAGAAGUAGGUUUUUCCAUGAGUAUUUUCAGCGAGUGAAGGGAUCUACCGAGAAGGAAGGAAAACCUAAGUACUUGAUCCGUGAUUUGUUGCCUUAUGGCAAGGUUGGAUAUGAGGCAUUUCGGGUUUUCUUGAGCUAUCUGUACACGGCGAAACUGAAGCCUUCUCCAGUGGAAGUGUCAACUUGCGUUGACGAUUUUUGCGUCCAUGAUGCAUGUAGACCCGCUAUUAAUUUUGCUGUGGAAUUGAUGUACGCCUCUUACAUUUUUCAGACGCCAGAGCUGGUUUCGCUUUUCCAGAGACGUCUUCUUAACUUUGUUGGGAAGGCUUUUGUAGAAGAUGUCAUCCCAAUUCUUAUGGUUGCUUUCCAUUGUCAAUUGACUCAGCUUGUCACUCAAUGUGUUGAUCGAGUAGCAAGAUCAGAUCUUGACAGCAUCUCUGUUGAGAAAGAGCUCCCUGAUGAAAUUGCAAAGAACAUUAAAUUGCUUCGUCUCCAGUCUCAGUGUGAUGAUGAUCGUAAAAUAGAAGCUGUCGAUCCCUUGCAUGAAAAGAGAAUCAAGAGAAUACACAAAGCAUUAGAUUCUGAUGAUGUUGAACUGGUGAAACUUCUCCUCUCUGAGUCUGAAAUAACCUUAGAUGAAGCCAAUGCUCUCCAUUAUGCUGUAGCCUACUGUGAUCCUAAGGUUGUGACUGAGGUGCUAGGUCUAGGUUUGGCCAAUGUCAACCAUCGAAAUUGUCGAGGUUAUACAGUACUUCACAUGGCUGCAAGGCGUAAGGAGCCAUCAAUAAUAGUUUCACUUCUGACAAAAAGUGCCAGUGCAUUAGAAUUGACAUUGGAUGGUCAGAGUGCUGUUAGUAUAUGCCGGAGGUUGACGAGACCAAAGGACUAUCAUGCUAAAAUAGAGCAGGGCCAGGAAGCAAAUAAAGAUCGGAUAUGCAUCGAUGUUCUAGAGAGAGAAAUGAGAAGGAAUCCAAUGGCUGGGGAUGCAUCUAUUUCUUCUGAAAUAGUAGCAGAUGAUCUGCACAUGAAACUGCUGUAUCUGGAAAACCGAGUUGCAUUUGCACGAUUGUUCUUCCCUACCGAAGCAAAGCUAGCCUUUGAUGUUGCACAUGCCGAGACAAUAUCUGAGUUUGCUGGCAUUUCUGCCUCAAAAGGUUCAACUGGGAAUUUGAGGGCGGUCAAUCUGAAUGAGACUCCAAUUAUGCAGAACAAGAGACUCCGUACUCGAAUUGAAGCACUGAUGAAAACAGUGGAGAUGGGUCGACGCUAUUUUCCUAAUUGCUCAGAAGUGCUGGAUAAGUUCAUGGAGGAUGACCUUCCCGAUUUGUUUUAUCUUGAGAAGGGCACCCCAGUUGAGCAGAGAAUCAAGAGGAAGCGCUUCAUGGAGCUAAAACAGGAUGUUCAGAAGGCAUUCCAUAAGGACAAGGUCGAGUCCAGUCGCUCUGGAUUGUCUUCCUCGUCAUCCUCGUCUUCUCUAAAAGAUUGUGUAAAUUAUAAAGUGGGAGAAGACGGUGUAAAUUACAAAAAAUCAUGAGGGCUUAUAAUUUGUCUAAAUAACCCUGGUCCUAAAGUGCAAACUAUUUUCAGAAAAAUAUACAGGCGAGAUCCUCAUAAAUGUUGGCUCGUCAUAUUCUUUAAGUUCUUAGCUAAGGAUUAUGCAUUAUGUUGUACUAUUAAGCUAGUCAAAACGUUCCACUUCUGAAUUUGUUUUGUAGAGGAUGGUCUUAACAGCUGGGAGAAUGAAAGAAAUUGUAAAAGU